AUGGCACCCAUGGCUGGUGCAUCACCAGUAGCGUUGGCUGCAGCUGUCACUGAUGGAGGUGGGAUGGCUGCUUGUGGUGUCCUCGGUAUGUCUCCUUCGGUCAUUGCUGAGUGGAGCAGCUCCUUCCGCGCACAGAGCGGUCCAACUGCUCCCUUGCAAUUAAACACUUGGAUCCCGGAUCCACCUGCGCUGCGUGACCCGCAGAAGGAACGGAAGAUGCGAGAUUUUCUGCAACGCUUUGGCCCAGAGGUACCGGAAGCUGCCGGGGAUGCGAAGGUGGUGGAUUUCGAGGCACAGGUGGCAGCCAUGAUUGAGGCCAAGCCCACAGUGAUCUCUUCGAUUAUGGGUCUCUAUCCUCAAGAAGUGGUGAGAAAAAUGAAGGAGCAGAAGAUCAAGUGGUUUGCCGUUGCAACCACGGUCUCGGAGGCCAUUGAAGCAGAGGCUGCUGGAGCUGAUGCCAUUAUUGUCGAUGCCGUGAAGGUCCCGGUGAUCGCGACGGGUGGCAUCGCAGAUGCUCGGCAAGCGGCUGCUGCCUUCGUGUUGGGUGCGUCAGCAGUGCAGAUUGGAACAGGCCUCUUGCGUUGUCCGGAGGCUGGUAUAUCGCGAGUUUGGGCUGAUGCUUUGGGACAAAGCCGACCUGAAGAUACAGCGGCCACUCGCGCCUUUUCAGGACGACUAGGCCGAAGUAUGAAAACUGCGUACGUGCUGGCUUGUCAGCAAGAAGAGGCGCCAGAGCCUGCUCCUUACCCUGUGCAACGUGGACUCACCACACCGAUGAGAACUCAAGCGGCAAAGACGGAGAAGCUUGAUGGUAUGAUGGCAUGGGCCGGACAAUCUGCAGGGCUUGCUUCCGAGAAGUCAGCUCGACAGCUUGUCGCGGAUGUUUGGAUUGGAGCCAUGCAGAUGCUUGAUCCCACUAGUCCCUUGAGCAAGCACUAG